AUGCUAGUUCCUCCAGGGCUUUAGUUUUUCUAGAUUGGCUAGGAAUAGGAAAAGCGGCAUUAGCAAGAUGAAGAAGAUAAUCAUUUUGAGUAAUAUGUAGAUAAAUGCAAAUAGUAAACAACGACUAAUAAAUCUCUAAUUAAAAUCAAACAAAAAGGUAAUAAAAAGAUAAUUAAAUUGAUAAAAAAUAACUCUUCUUGCAGAUCUCUUAAUGAACAAAAAAGCUAAAAUGAGUUAAAAUAAUUUCCUGAUUAAAUUAGCAGCGCUCAAAUACUAAGUGAUGAUAUUCAAUUUAACUAAGAAGACAAUAUUCCACAGUAAAAUGUAAGAUUCUUCUCCAAAGAUAAAUCGAAUAUGAAAUAUCAACAUAUCAACUCAGAAUAAAGAGGUGAAUUUGAAAAUUAAAUGCAAAAUGAACCUCAAAAUUUAGUAGAUAAAUUUCUGGUAGCAGUUAUUUCUCCAACUAAACAAAGAUAAAAUAGAAAUUUGGAUUCUUUUUUAAGAGAUUCCUGUAUUUAAGAUGUAAAUAAUACAAGUCCUAUGAUAAAAAAUAGCAGCUUUUCCUAAAUAUAAAGUUAAAAAUCUUAAUAGAUAAAUGAAUUAUUAAACAAGCAAAAGUAAAUCUUAGUUGAAUAGUUGAAUAAAAAUCACUCACAAUCUAUCAACUUAAAUGAUUAGUCUUACUUAAAAAAUUAACAGAAUAAUGACAGUCUGAUCAAAUAAGAUGAUAGCAAUAUGGUUAUUUUUUAGAAUCGAAGAAGCUUUACAGCUAAAAAAAUUUCUAAUAAUUUGAAUUAAAUAUCUUAAACAAAAAAUGGAAUUCUAAAUACUAAUUAGUAAACUUAGUAGUAAUUGAUUAAUGAUAACUUGUAAAAGGUACAAUCAAACAGCUAAUUUACAAUAGGUCAUUAUUUGGGUGAAUAUCAACAUAGUUAAAGUUUAUUUUUAUAAAAUAAAACAAUGGAAAGUUUAUAAAAUGAUAAUGCUUAAAAGCCCUCUCAACAGAAAACGCUAUUUGAAAUAAAAAAGUAAUAAUAAAUCAAUUAAUUGCAAGAAAAAUAUAAAUAAACAUAAAUUAAUAAACAGUAAAUUGAUUUUAAUCUUUAAUCUAUAUCUGAAAAAAUAAAUGCUUAAACCAACUCAACUAUUCAAAGCAACUCCAAUAAUUAGUAAAGUUGUAGUAGUAGUGAUAAUGUUUUACAGUAAAUAUCACAUAGUAAUAUAGGAUUUGGAAUACCUCUAACUACUAAGAAUGAAACUAAUCAGAAGGGCUUUAAAAAUAAUUUAAUAUCAAUUAAAAAAGGCAGCGCUUAAAAUACAAAGUUAGGAAUGAUUUAUUAUAACAACUUGGCAUAAAUUAGUUUAUCUGAAUCAAAAUCCUCCAAAAAAAACACACAGAAACCAAGCCUUUCUAUUUCACCAAAUAGCUUUCUUAAUUGCUAGGACUAAGGUUUGUAAUUAUAGAAAAUUUAAUUAAGAUAAAAUGAUUCAGCAACAAGUUAGUUAACAAAUAAAAGGUUUAACUUCAAUUAAAAUUCUAUUUUCGAUACAUUAGGCAAUAAAGAAAGAGUUUCAUAAAAUAAUUCUUUUCUAUUAAAAGAUUAAAACAAUUAUUUAAAUAGAAGCUUUGACUUAACCUUAAACAUUGCAAAACGUAUAAAACAAGAAAAAGAAAACAAAUAUCACACUAAUAUUGAGUAAUUCAUUUUAAAUAAUCGAAAUGAAAACAGUUUUUUGCUUAACAGUAGCAAUAUUUAUCAGGCUUAAGAUAAUUAUGUGAAUUAAAAGAACUCAUUUUCCUCAAAAAAUGGAAUCAUCUAACAAUCUAAUUCUAGAAAUUUAUCUCCAAUAAAUUUUCAAAACAAUUAAAAAUUAAUGCAAUCUUCUUUUGAAAACGAUUCUUCAAGUUAAAUGAGCAAAAUAUGCUCCUCAUAAGCAGAAAGAAGCUAGAUAGAAAUAAACAAAAGUAAAACUUAAUAUCCAGGAAAUUCUUAUAUAUCUGUGUCUCCAAUAAUGAGUAACUUUUAAAAUGAAUUCGCAAAUAGGAUAUCAAAAACUGAAAUGGACGAAUAAGAUGAAUAUUUUUAGAAAAUAAAGUAAGAAGAUAAACAAAAAUAAUCUUUUGAGAGAAAUUAAUAAACCGAUUAAAAUAAUUAAACUAGAGCUGAGAAGUCAAAGUAACAGUCUAUCUUAACUGUAUAAAAUAACAACUCUUUUUAGUUAAAUAAACUAAGAAGUGAAGAUUUUUUAGAGUAAAUAUCUUAGAGUAAUAUUGGAUUUGGAAUUCCUUUGUCAAAUAAACAUUUAAAAAACUAAAAAAGAUUAAAAUAUCACUACAAUAUUCUAUAAAAUAAUAAGUAGAGUAUUUAAAAUGCAAAACAAGAAAUGAUGGUAGUUGCUAAUAAUUAAGGUUUAUCUCAAACUAAAUACGGAAAGUAAAACAGGAGCAAAACAACUUUAUCGCUUACACCAAAUAACUUUUAAAAUUAUUAAGAGCAAUAUUUUUUAACUUAAAAAACUUAAUAUCAAUAAAGUGAACCAUCAAAUUCUUAAUAAAUUAAUAAAAAGUUUAUUUUUAACUAAAAUGAUGAGACAAUUAAUAAAGAUCAAAGGUAAAAUCUUAGCUAAUAAAAUUAACUCAAUGAUUCAAACAAUUACUUAUAUAAAAGUUUUGAUUUAUCUUAAAGUGCUGAGAAUAAAAUAAAUUCUGCAUAAACAAACAAAAAUGAAAAUGGUUUCUAACCAAAUGGAAACAAUAACUAUUAAACUCAUUUCAGUUUUGUAAAUUAAAAAAAUUCUUUUUCUACAAGAAAUGCAGUAAUUUUACAGUCUAACUCAAGAAAUUUAUCUCCAAUAAACUUUUAAAAUUCUUAAAAUUUGUCAUUAUCUCCACUAAAUAGCUCAUUGAAUCCAAUGAAUUCAAUGUGCUAAACUAAAAUUGGAUAAAUAGUAAUAAUUCAAGCUAAGAAUUAAAAUAAUUAAUAAAGCGUAAGAAAUAUGUAAAACGAUUAAGGAGCGUCUAAUGCUGAAGUUGAUGAAGAGCUAAUUAAAAAGAGAAGAAUUUAAAUACAUAGUUUGAAGAGAUCUCCAUAAAAAGGAAUCAGUGUAAAAAAGAAAGCGAAAUAAGAAAACAACAAUCAUAAGAAUAUAAAAUAAUUAGCAUAAAUUAAAUUAGCAAAUUAUAACUUAGAUAAAAUAAGUUCAGCUACAGGAGUUUCACCUUCUUAAAUCAGAAAAUCCCUUUAAACUCAUUUAAACAAAGAAAGCUAAUAUGAAUUUUAAGAUUCAAACAAAUAAACUUAAAAUCUCACUCAUGAAAAACUUUUUGCAUUUUAACCUUUGAAUAAAAAUACUAAAAUUGAAUCAGAUAUAUAUGAUCAAAAUAUAAAAUAAUAAUAAUAAUAAUAAUAAUAAUAACAAUAACAGAUAACACCAACAAAUUAAAGAUCGAAAACUGUUGGAAAUAGGAAAUAUAUAAUUAAAGGUGUAAUAGAGUUAUAAUUUGAUAAAAAUUGA